AUGUGGUUCGAUUGCUGGACGAAUGCUGGCAACAAUGGUUAUCCACAACAACAACAUCAUCAUCAACAACAACAGCAGACUGUUUACGACGAUUUUAAUAUUCAUCAUCAUCCAAUGAUUGAAACAGCUCAUUCAUAUCAUCAUCCAUAUAAACCUAAACAACGUUUUACACAUUAUAAUAAAACUCCUGAUCUACAAAAUGUUUGUAAUGAUAUUGAAACAACAUGUCGAAAUACAGAAGAUGAUCAACCAACACCAACAGCAAUUAUACAUCACCAUCAUUAUUUACCACAAUCAACAACAAAUCUUAUUGAAACCACGCAUCAUCUUAAUGGAAAAGAAGAUUUUCAUUCACCACAAUCACAUGAUAUAAAUCGAUCGAAAUCAUCUCCAGCACCACCACCACUAACAACUUCAAUUAAAACUGAACCAACUCUUGAACAAAAACAAUUCUUAGAAAAUAAUGCUAAUCAUAAUACAAUGGCUUCAUUAAUAAAAGCAAAUGGUGGAAAAAUUCCUGGGUCAAUAACUGUACAUGUUCCAUGUUUAGUAUGUGGUGAUGAAGCAAGUGGUUUUCAUUAUGGUGUUAAUUCAUGUGAAGGUUGCAAGGGUUUUUUUCGUCGAUGUAUAACUCAAGGAAUGUCACAUCGUUGUAACAAUACAGGUAAUUGUGAAAUAACUCCAUUUAGUCGAAAUUCAUGUCAAUAUUGUCGAUUAAAAAAAUGUUUCGAUGUUGGUAUGAGUCGUGAAGCAUCACGAUUAGGUCGUAGACCAAAACGACCACGUUCUGAUACAAUAAAUACUAUUAAAAAUGAAAAAGAACACAAUUUUAUAACGACAACAACAACAACAACAUCAUCACCAACAAAAAUAACAGCAUUAGCUCGUUUACAAGAAAUUCAACGUCAUCAACAAAAAUAUUCCAAUGAAAUAUCUAUUAAACAACAAAUAUCACCUGAAGAAUAUAAUAAACAAUCUUCACCAACAAAUCGUAUUGAUUCUGUUAGUUCAACAACAUCAAAUAUAUUAUCCUCACCUUAUCGUGCACCAUCCGUUACUAUUGAAACACCCAAUUCAUCAACAUCAUCAACAACAUCAUCAUUUCCUGAUUGUCUUUUUCAACAACGUCAAUCAUUAUCAUCAGAUAUACAUCGUGAAGUUGUACGAAAAAUAACAUCCAUGUUAUUAUAUCAAGAAAAAUUAUUAACUGAUAUUGAAUCAAAAGAAAUGGAUCAUAUAGCACAAGUUAUUAUUAGUGCACAUUUACAAUUUUGUAUAUGUACAUUUGAAAGAAUACAAAUAAAAAUUGAAGAAAAUCCACCAAUAUGGGCUGAUUCAGUGAGUGAUGAUCUUAAUUGUGAUCCAUCAUUAGUAUGGGCUAAUUGGCAAUUAAGUUUUCCAUUUGAAAGUAUUUUAAGAACAUUUAAAUACUAUACAUUUUUUCAACAAAUUUCUCAAGAUGAUCAAAUUUGUUUAUUUCGUCAUGGUGCUUUUGAAACUAUUCUUGUUAGUUGGUUUACUUUAUUUGAUGCUGAACAAAAAUUAAUGCUUACACCUGAUUUUUCAGCUUAUAUGGAUAGAGAUUUUAUAAAAACAAUAAAAACUUUAGGUGUUAUUAUGUUAGAAAUAUUUGAUUUGGGAAUGAAAGCAAGUCAUCUUCGAUGGACUGAUAGUGAUAUUGCAUUAUUUAAUGCACUUUUACUUAUGAAUCCAGAACGACCAGAUCUUUGUGAUAAACAAACAGUUGGUCAAAUUGAAGCUAAAUUAAUGCAAGUUUUAUAUAGACAUUUGCGUCGUCAUCAUCCAAAUGAACCAAAUAUGUUUCUUGAUAUACUUCAAUUGAUUCCAUCAAUUCAAGAAGUUAAUCAAAUACAUUUGAAUGCUGUACACUAUAUUAAACGACAUGAACCACAUGUUUUUAAUUCUUUACCGGAUGUUCAUCGUGAAACUUAUGAAGGUCUCUCGCCAUAA